CAAGGCUGCGUCACGUGACCUCCACUUCCGUGCUUCAAAAAAAUACAAGAGGCGGAAAAAACGAAAAGAAGAAGACAUUGGAGACAAACUGCUUGUUCAGUUAUUCCUCUUUUACUUGAACGGGACAACGUCAGGUGAGAAAUCGGCGAAAAGACGAGACGACAUUGCUGCACUUCCUUCUCGUUCAGUUGAACGUCACCGGAGAGUCGGGAUGCUUUGGACGGCGCUGGUGUUGGCAUCGGGGCUCCUUGUGGCCACUGUCGCCUUGGACAACGGCCUGAUGCGGACCCCUCCCAUGGGCUGGUUGGCGUGGGAACGCUUCCGCUGCCACAUAGACUGUGAGCAUGACCCCAAAAACUGCAUCAGCGAGAAACUGUUUACCGACAUGGCCGACAGGCUGGCAGAGGACGGCUGGAGGGAGCUGGGCUACGUCUACGUCAACAUCGACGACUGCUGGGCGUCCAUGCAAAGGGAUGAGCGGGGGCGGCUCCAGGCGGACCCCAAGAGGUUCCCAGGAGGAAUCCGCCGGCUGUCGCGCUACAUGCACGACCGGGGGCUCAAGUUGGGCAUCUACGGCGACAUGGGGACACACACCUGCGGGGGCUACCCGGGCACGCCGCUGGAGAAGAUUGAGGUGGAUGCUCAGACCUUCGCCGACUGGGAGGUGGAUAUGUUAAAGUUCGACGGUUGCUAUUCCAACGCCACAGAGCAGGAGCAAGGCUAUCCUCGCAUGUCCAAGGCUCUAAAUGCGACGGGCCGUCCUAUUGGCUACUCCUGCAGCUGGCCCGCCUACCAAGGUGGUCUGCCGCCUAAGGUGAAUUACGGUCUUUUGGCCAAGAUCUGUAACCUGUGGCGUAACUACGGCGACAUCCAGGACUCGUGGGAGAGCAUGCUCAACAUUGUGGAUUGGUUUUUCGAGAAUCAGGAGGUCCUGAUUGCUGCAGCCGGACCCGGGAGGUGGAAUGACCCCGAUAUGCUGAUCAUUGGUGACUUUGGCCUCAGCAUGGAGCAGUCGCGGUCACAGAUGGCUCUCUGGGCCAUCAUGGCCGCCCCUCUCUUCAUGUCCAAUGAUCUCCGCACCAUUGGAAGCGGGGCUCGCAGCAUCCUGCAGAACAAAAUGGCCAUCAGCAUCAACCAGGACGGUCUGGGCCUUCAGGGAAGACGGAUUCUGAAGGAGAAGAGUGGGAUUGAGGUGUUUUGGCGGCCCCUGUCAAACGAGGCCAGUACCCUGGUGUUUUUCAGUCGACGUAAUGACAUGCCGUACCGCUACCAAACGUCCCUCAGCAAGCUGAACUACACCACGGGCAGCUACAAGGUAAAAGACGUCUUCUCUGGGAAAACCGUGACUCUCAAAGACUCGAGCAGCUUUGUGGUGUCUGUGAACCCCACGGGCGUAGUCAUGUGGUACGUCUCGGCACCGGCCAAACCGAAACCCCUCUUCCGCCAGUUCUCUCGAGAUGGCCGACCCAGAGUACUCACCCCGGGUGACCUCGCCAAUGCCAUCCCGCCUGUCUUCCUGUGACCUCCCCUAGCUUUGACUGACAAGACAUCAGCCCACCUGGUAAAGAAAGGUCUUCAUUACCUGAAGUGAAUUCUGAAGACUGACGGAAACUCAGGGACAGACGUUUUUGAAUCUCUAUGUGAUCCGCAUCCAACUUCUGCACAUUUAUUGCUGGUUUCUAUAAGGGGGGGGGGGGGAAAUGUCUAUUUUUUUCGCUGUUGAUCAUUCAUGUAGGAGUAUUUGCAAUUGAAUGUGCAUUUAUUUUUUGGGGGGUAAUGGGACAGUGUUCCAUUAAAAGUGACAAUGUAAAAAGAAUGAUAAAAGACAGUGCUGCACUAUAGUUGGUUAUAGAGUUUAUUGCUUCAAAUAGAUGUUUUGCUUAGCAAAGUUGGCAGUAACAGGUUUUGUUCUGACCAAGCAAUCAGAGGAUGGAAAACUAGUCAUGUGAUCAGGACGAAUUUGAAAUAGGAUUGGUUAAAGAAGCAGUCCUAUUGUUGAUUUAGUUUGAAAUUUCACCAGCAACGCUACUUAUUUUGAAGCCCCCGGGCGGGCAUUUUAGAUUGACAUGGCAACCCAUAGAGGCUGAAAUCUGAUGGGAGAACUAUUUCAUGGAACGAAAUAUUAGAAUUUAGGGUUUAAGUGUAGGUUAGUGCAAACUUUGAUUGCACAGUCACACCAUAUUAUGUAAUGCUGCAAGUCAAGAAUAAAAACUUCCCGGUGGGCUAAUGUUAAACCAGCAGAGGUCAGUGCUGCUCUUCAAACGCUGACUCGGACGGGACACUGUGUUCACUGCCAAAAAGUGCACCUGCUGAAUCGCAAAAGGCGAGUCAGCUGCUACUUUGGUCUUGUAGUACGUGGUACUGAGUCACCUGCUUUCUUUAUAUGCUUGUCACCUGUCUGGUGAAUGCUGGGCACCAUCUGUGACCUUGGCAUUCGAAGUUGGAAUGUAACAGAGUUAGUAUAAAUGAUUUGUUUCAGUACUCAAGUAGAUUCUUCACUUUUAAUCCUUUAUUUCUGAUUUUGGCAACAUUCGCUUUUACUCGACUGCAUUUCAGAAAAAAAAGUAGGGAUGCCUGAAAAAUCUAGAACCACGCAAGGAUUAGAUUGGUCAGAUCUGUAGUCUCAUAUUUUCUGUUCUGCUGGCAAAUCUCAAUGUCAAGGCCCGAGACCUGAGCUGGCGGAUGGUGACGUGGGAAAGCUGGAAGGAUAGAGUUCACCGAAAAGAAAGGGGCGCAGUCAAGAGUCUAUUAGUAGGUGCACAUGGGAGGAAGGGGGAGUGAGGGGAAGGAUAAAAGGGAGAGAGUUGUUUUUUUGUGUUUUUUCCCCCCCCCCCAAGAGAUGAAGAGCGUUCCUGCAGAAGCUCACGUAGGCCCACAGCUGCGGAGGCACGCACUCGCCAAUCAUUGUGCCCCACUCGUGGUCUGAUUCGAUUAAGUAGCCCUCGCCGACACUCAUUAGCCUCCGUGGCGCCGCCACCAAUCACAACUGAGCACCUCGAGAUCCGACGUAGAUGAAAGGAUGUGUGCUCCACACAGGCUUUAUGAACAAUAUGAACGUCGUCUCAAAGGAGGUCAAACGCUCGGUAGCCUAAUUAAGCUGCAUUUGGUUUAUUGGGGGUUGGCUGGUGCGAUUUUUACACUCGCUGGGCCACUUCAUUCGGUGCUCACAAAUUUUAAUCCUGCCCUGCCGUUUCAUCCAAAAACUAUAUUAUACAACAGGCUUUGGCGAAAUAAAGUGAAACGUAUCUACUGCAAAGCAGAACUGUCUUACACCUCUAUGGUUAAGUAAAUAUCGUUAGCUAAUUUUAUGUAGCCUACCACUUCUAGUCAAAACAAGUUGGAAUUCCUUCGCAGGUGGUUGCUGGUGCACUUUCAAUCGCUUUAUUGAACAAAAGGUAACAAAAUAAACGCAUAACAAACACAUUAUAUGCUAGCGGCACUGUUCAGCUGAUGCCCAGACAUAGUCGACACGCAGACUGGCUGACAGCCAAUUAGCAGAGUGCUAACUGUCCUGAGCCAACGACAGCCAACUCUACACUCUCAUUCGUUGACUCCAACAUCACUCAACAGCCCAUGCCCCCGUCUUUCAAAGUCACAGAUACGACAGUGUAAUACGUGAACAUGGCAACCCCAAGCGUACAAAGCUAAAACCUGCAACUCGCGUGCAUAUUUUGUAUUGGGAUUUUCGUGGCGUGGGGUUCUGGAAGGUAUCCCCCACGAUAAAUGAGGGACUAUCGUAUUGCUUUUUGAGAGACCGUUGGUUGUUCAAUACUUUUCAAGAUGCAUUGUGGGAUACACUGAGGGCAUUAUAUUGGGCUAAACUAUAGUCACUACACAUUCAAAACAACACUACAAAAUGGCAACCUCACGAGACAGGCACUAUAUAGUGGAUAGGGAGAAUUCCGAGACAGGCACAGUCUCAUGACAUGGAAGAAAUACCAAGGCCGGGUUGUGUUUGGGUCCCUUUCUUUUUUAUGAAUGAAUCAACUCUUUAUCUGGCCACUAGCGGCUGCUGUUGUGGAACAGAUGGGCCUGGAGGCGAGUCGUUUCCACGACUCCUCAGCGAACGAGGCGAGCUGCACGUUGCCUGAGGCGUUGGGUUAACGUGGCAACCUGCCAGGUUGUUACUUGCCAACUGGCAGCCGGCGAGGGUCAUAGUCAAGAGACUGCCUCUCUCUCUCUCUCUCUCUCUCUCGAGACUGACACACUCACACUGUCAUGAGCGCACUCUUUCCCUUUUAACGCUUCAACUGCUGUGAUGAUUUGUGAUUUCAGGACGAGUUGGUUACAACUCAGUUAUAUAGUGAUAACAAGGUCAUCGUCUGAACUUUUGCUUUUUAUUGGGCUUUUAGUGUGUGAUGCAACCACAGAAGAGAAGAUACUAAAGAGGAAAAAUUUGAUGAUACCAUGAUAUGAUCCUUUUUAAGAUACUUUUCUGCAAAAUCAGACGCGUUUGGUUACGAAAUAACAAAUAUUUAACUGUUGGAAAAUGGGUGCACGAUUGGUUAGCACAUCCCCCUCAGAGGUCGUGGGUUCAAAUCCGGGCUCCGGCCUUCCUGUGUGGGGUGUGUAUGUUCUCCUGUCAGCUGGGAUAGGCUCCUGCACGUCCGCGACCCUGGUGAGGACAAGCAGUAGAGAAUGGAUGGACAGAUGUUGGAAAAUGACCGAAAUGGUGCGACACGUUGGCUGUAGGAAAGUAUAUGCGUUUGCAGUUUUAGGCCUGACGUCUAACUGUUUCCGAUACUGCAAUUGCAGUUAUAGAAUAACCCAACUUGUGCAUCGCUGGUCAGAUAAUAACAGUUUUUAUGAUGUUAGAGAUUUAGAGCCAGAGGUGGCCCAAAAUUAGCAAUGGUGGCAGGAAAAACCCUGAUUAUACCAUAGAACUAAAAAAUUGAUGUAGCCUUCAACGAGGGGCUGGGCAAUUAACCAAUUUUAUUCCCCUUUUUUAAAUUAUUUUUUUAUUUAUUAUUUUUUUUAAAUAAAGUGACUAGGUUUAAUUCCCAAUUAGAAACGGACAACAUAAGCGGAAUCCUAUUUGCUUUGUUUUCUGUAUGACUCAAAAAGAGCAUUUGUUUUUUUUUAAAGAACACCAAUUUUUACAGGUUUUCUUUUUUGUUUUUUAAAUUGAUUUAAUUCAUGUAUUUAUUAUUAAUUUAAAGCAUUUCAAGUCCAACGAAGAGCUUGAAAUGGUAGAACCUAAGAUAAGUGGUGAACUGCCAGAGGUGAGGAGAGAAAAAAAAAAUAACCAAACAAACCGGUAUGGAUACCCAAAACUGAAAAUAACGUACAGUAUGUUUCAGAAUUAUACGAAAAGGCACAGUCUCCAUCGAGCUGCUUUGGGAUGAACAGGACAGAAGAGUGAAAGCAAAGCAAACCUGUUUAUAGAGAUGUUUUGGAGGAACCUCUUUUCUCAUCCAUAAACAAAAAAUAUUAAUUUCCAAUACUUUUGUGAAAAGUCUGGAGAGUUGGAAGAACACUUGCUGGGGAAAACAACAACUGCUUCAAACCUUUUUUUGGUAUCCAAACAAAUCUAGCAGUCGGAAAAACAAGCAAAUCUUGUUUUGGAAAAGGUCAUUGUUACUUUCUUUUUUCUAUAAGAUAAGGGGGGAAAUCUGUUAAAAUAGGAUUGUUGUGAUCGGAGAUUUUAUUUUGAGGACAUAUCACCCUUCUGCCUGAAAUCCAUUUUUGGGGAUAAUAUUUUCAAGGGAGCUAACGCAGCCUGCCUGACUUAGCAACAGUGACUAAGAGGGUUAGGUCGUAGCGAAAGGCCGACCAAACCGAAGCGUGCUGUUCAGUGGAUAUGUGACUAAUAUUUCCCAAACUCCAGCUGGGCCCUACCCACCCCUCCUAAAACCAUCCACAGUCUGGGGCAACACAUUAACAACCUACUGUACAUCUGUUAUCCCAGUGUGUGUGGCCAUUGUUGCGCAGAGGUUUUCCAUGUCGGUGGCAGAGACCUUUCUGGGCAGACACACAAAAACCACUUCACGGACUGGAGCCGAGCAUGCAGCCAACACAGCAGCGGGAUUUGGCUGGAAUGAACCUCAUGGUGAAUGCUUGGAAGCUUUCAGUGGGAGCAGGUGGACGUCUUUGGCAUAGAGGGAGCGCGGCUAUACAGUAUUACCUUGACUUAUGAGUUUAAUUUGUUGCGUUACCAAGUUCAUAACUCAAUUUACUCCUGUAUCAAAUCCAUUUUCCCAUUGAAAUUCCCAAAAACUUUUUGGGAAUGUUCUGUUACUACAGAAAAUAGUACUGUAUUGUAUAAAAACAUAAUAAACCAUGUGAGAA